UCAAUAUUGUUUGGGAUUCCGUGGCGAGACGAUCGUCGAAAAGGUCGCGCGCGCUGUUGAAAUAAAUUCAAGCGAUUCACAAAGAAAUAUAUUAUUAGGAAAUAAAAAAAAAAACAUACACACCAUUAAUAAUCCCCCUAAAAUUUAAGAUCUAAAUACAAAGACAAAAGGAAAUAAAAAAACACACACUAAACACAUUUUAUUGGUGAAUAAUUAUACUGUGGACAGUGUCAAGAGUGCUAACACAUUUAAUACACAUUCAAGUGCUAGUAAAUAAAGCUGAAACUAGGCCAACACAAAGGCGGAAAGUUGAUUUAAAACAAAAUAUUACUCAUACGCAACCGGCACCUCAUUCAUUCCCAUCUCAGUUAUCAGCUUUUUGAAUGAGCCCAAUGAGCGGACUGCGUCAACAGCUGAAGAUGCUGGGAACAGCUUUGCUGGGCAAACGGGCCACCAAGUCUGUCAAAAAGAAACCGUUUACGGAGGUAGAAAUCAAAGAUCUACGCACAGCAUUCGAUCUACUAGACAGAAAUCGGGACGGUCGCGUCACCGCCAACGAGCUGCAGUUUAUGCUAAAGAACCUGGGCAUAAACGUGAGUGACGAACUCAUACACGAUCUCAUACGUGAGGCGAGCCACUCAGGCAAUGGCUUAAUCAACGAGGCCGAGUUCCUGCAGUGGGUGGGCAGGAUCCAGGCGCUGCGGGACGACCAGCAGUCACAUGAGGACAGCAAGGACAGCAAGCCGGUGGACGAGGCCGAUGAUGUCACCGAGGACUUGAUAGCAGCAUUUAGAGUAUUCGAUCGGGAUGGUAAUGGGUUUAUAACGCGCGACGAGCUGCAGACCGCCAUGGAGAUGAUUGGGGAGCCCUUGAAUGAGCAGCAGCUGGAGCAGCUGCUGGUCAUCGCGGACUUGGAUCAGGACGGGCGCAUCAAUUACGAGGAAUUUACGAGACUUUUGCUCUAAGCAGUUUUACGCCCGAAAAGGUGGCAUGGUCAACCCCGUAACCCCGAAAAUUUCGAGUGGAAUGCACCCCGAGUUACCCCUUCAGCAUAAUUGUUAAGCUAUUAAGAAUACUAUAUACUCAGACAAGCAGAAAAUAAUAAUGCAACAAAAUGUGCAGAACGUAAUUGUUUGAAAUUUUAUACAAAAAAAAAAAAAAUAAAACUUAUUUAUACAAGGGUUUGAAAAAAGUGCAAGGCAGGCCACACACACACCCAUAAUGUUUUAGUUUCAUCACCCACAUAUACACACACACAAAACAUAUACAUAUGUAAAUUAGUUUCGAAGUUUUGUCGAUUGUAAAAAGUGAAUUAUUCAUUUUCUCUAUGAAUUAAGUUAAAUCAGCAUGUGGAAAAAUUGAAAUGGAAAAGUUAGGACUAUUUUUUGUAGACGUUUCGCGUCGAAAAUGAUUUAAAUCACACAGAGACACAGACACACACACACACACACACACAAAAACAUUUAACAUAUAAAAUGCAUAUUCGGAUAAGUCUGAGCGCGUGAGUGAUAUUGUGUUUAGGGUGCUGCGAAAACAAAGAGCAGGCAAACGGAGAAAUUACAAAUGAAAAUUACAAUAAAAAUAUAUAUCCAAAUUCAGAGAAGGCCAGCAAGUGGAUUCAUAUAUUUGUAUUUUAUUGUAGUUAUGCUGCUUUCAAUGUAUGCGUGUUUCAAAUACCCCAAAAACAAACAAAAAUUGUUUCAAAUUUGUUAGACUAAGGAAAUAAAUGUUAACAAUUUAUAUAAGAAAAGAGAAGAUUUAAUUUUAGUUGGGAAAUAACUUGGUAGAGCUGUAAAAACAUCGAAAAUUUCAAUAUUAAUAUUGAUUAUAAAAACUAAAAGAAUUGCAAAACAUCUUUAAAGAAUUAUCGAUGCUUUAACAGCUGUACUAAUUAGGCUUAAAAACCAGAAGAAUUAUAUUAAAUGUUAAUGAAAACAUAAUUUACCAAUAACCAACAACCCGAAUAGAACAUUUCAGAGUUCUAAGAAGACAUAGUUCAAAGUCUAGUAAUUUACAAUUUUAUUCAUUUCUUUUCGUUCGUUUUAAAAUUUAUUUUCGAAAUUCAAGUCCAUUGCAUAUUGCCGUCCCAUAGAUAAUUCACAAAGAAAUACAAAAUAAUUUUGUACAACUAUUUAAAUUCAUCGAUUUAAGGCAUUGCGGUUUCAAACAAUAAGUUUUUAUUGAUUUGGUAUGCCCUUUUUUGAUACAAAAAAAUUUAGAGAAGUCAAAAUAAUGAACAGAGAAUUAAAUUAAAUCAAGAAUAUAUUUAACAAAAGUGCUCUUUUGAAAAAUCAGUGAAACGAGAAUUCAAAUAUAUAUUUACAUUUAAAAACACUAUAUGGAUAAAGUUGGGUAAAGCAAAUAUAAAUCAGGUCAAAGGUACAAAUAGCAAAAUGGACAAACGCAAGGCAAGCAAAACAAGGAAACCACAACUUUUGUAUGGUAUUUACAACAGGACUGCAAAGGGCAAAGCAAAUUUAAACCUAAUCAAAAAUGUACUUCAAUUCAAGUAGUUUUUUAUGACUUCUAAAUGUGCUUAACAACUAUAUGCAGGACUAUAUACCUACCCAACAAUAUACUACUUAUAUACACUAUUACUGUUUAAACAUUAUGUAUGCGUACUUAAAGUGGUAGACAUUUGGUUUAGGUAUAUUAAUAAUUUCAUAAUUUAUAAUUGCGAUUGCAAGUCGGAUAACGAGAUGUGACAUAAUAAAUAACGAUACACCAACGCUCAA